GCACACUCCGUUAGGGAAUCUUAGGAGCAGACAGAACAGGGAGGUCGGGCGGAGGUUCCUGCAGAGGCUGACUCCUCUGGAGCCGCAGGGUCUUCACAGCAUGGCCAGUGGCAGGAGAGGAGACUGAGCCACGUGUUCCCAUCAGCUCCGGAAGGUGACACUGAGCGCUGGGUGGCCCAUCACCCCUAAAGCAGGUGCCUAUAUUUGUCAGGCAAAGACAGCCAGGCCAGCCAUCCUUUCGCUCCAAGGUCAGAGGUCCAGAGACCCAGAGAGCCAUGGGCAAAUCACCGGAGACGUGGUGCAUUGUCUUGUUCUCUGUUUUGGCAUCAGUUUCUGCUGAGCCUACCAUGCAUGGGGAGAUCCUGUCCCCUAACUAUCCUCAGGCGUACCCCAAUGAGAUCAAGAAAACGUGGGACAUAGAAGUUCCAGAAGGGUUUGGGGUUCGCCUCUACUUCACACAUCUGGACCUGGAGCUGUCAGAGAAGUGUGAAUAUGACUCAGUGCAGAUAAUCUCAGGAGGUGUGGAGGAAGGGAGACUCUGUGGAAAGAGGACCAGCAAGAAUGCCAACUCCCCCAUUGUGGAAGAGUUUCAAAUCCCGAACAAUAGAGUCCAGGUGAUCUUUAAGUCAGACUUCUCCAACGAAGAACGGUUCACUGGCUUUGCUGCGUAUUACGCUGCCGUAGAUGUCAAUGAAUGCACAGAUUUUACAGAUGUCCCUUGCAGCCACUUCUGCAAUAACUUUAUUGGUGGCUACUUCUGCUCUUGUCCCCCAGAAUACUUCCUGUAUGAAGACAUGCGGAAUUGCGGGGUCAAUUGUAGUGGGAAUGUAUUCACUGAUCUGACUGGGGAGAUCACAAGUCCCAAUUAUCCCAAUUCAUACCCGGAGAACUCAAGGUGUGACUACCAGAUUCGGUUGGAGAAAGGGUUCCGAGUGGUGGUGACCAUCCGGAGGGAAGAUUUUGAUGUGGAGCCAGCUGACUCAGAGGGGAACUGCCAGGACAGUUUAGUUUUUGAUGCAAAGAAUCAACAAUUUGGUCCUUACUGUGGCAAUGGAUUCCCUGGGCCACUAACCAUUGAAACCCAGAGCAAUACUCUUGAUAUUGUCUUUCAAACUGACCUAACAGGGCAAAGGAAGGGCUGGAAACUUCGUUACCAUGGAGACCCAAUCCCUUGUCCCAGAGAAAUCACUGCCGAUUCUAUUUGGGAGCCUGAAAAGGCAAAAUACGUGUUUAAAGAUGUGGUGAAGAUAUCCUGCACGGAAGGGUUUGAGGUUGUGGAGGGAAACGUUGGCUCAACGUUCUUCUAUUCUACUUGUCAAAGCAAUGGGCAGUGGAGCAAUUCUGGACUACAAUGCCAGCCUGUGGACUGUGGUCUUCCAGAACCCAUUCAGAAUGGUAAAGUUGACGAUCCAGAAGAUACUCUAUUUGGUUCUGUCAUUCACUACUCGUGUGAGGAGCCGCAUUAUUACAUGGAACACAAUGAACAUGGCGGGGAGUAUCGCUGCGCUGCUAACGGGAGCUGGGUGAAUGAUGAGCUGGGUAUAGAGCUGCCCAAAUGUGUUCCAGUCUGUGGAGUACCCACUAAGCCCUUUAAAACCUAUCAGAGGAUCUUCGGAGGAUCCCCUGCGGAGAUUGAGAAUUUUCCCUGGCAAGUCUUCUUUGAGUACCCACGGGCUGGUGGGGCUCUCAUUGAUGAGUAUUGGGUGCUGACGGCGGCCCACGUCGUGGAGGGAAAUUCCGACCCAUCGAUGUACGUGGGGUCCACGUCUGUGAGAAUGGAACAUCUGAACAAUGUCCAGAAACUCACCUCCGAACGUGUGUUUAUUCAUCCGGACUGGAAACUGGGGGAUGACCUAAGCACACGGACAAACUUUGACAAUGACAUCGCAUUGGUGCGACUGAAAGACCCCGUGAAAAUGGGGCCCACCGUCUCUCCCAUCUGCCUGCCGGGCACCUCCCCAGAGUAUGAUCUCUCCGAGGGGGACCUGGGGCUGAUUUCAGGGUGGGGCCGAACAGAGAGGAGAAAUAUUGUUCUCAACCUCAAAGGGGCAAAGUUACCCGUCACCUCUUUAGAGAAGUGCCAGCGGGUGAAAGAGGAGAACCCCAGAGUGAGGGCAGAGGACUAUGUCUUCACCAGCAACAUGAUCUGUGCUGGAGAGAAGGGCGUUGACAGCUGCCAGGGGGACAGCGGCGGGGCUUUUGCAUUGCGGGUCCCCAAUGUACAGGACCCCAAAUUCUAUGUGGCAGGCCUGGUGUCCUGGGGGAAGAAGUGUGGGACCUAUGGGAUCUACACGAAGGUAAAGAACUACAUGGACUGGAUACUGGAAACGAUGCAGGAGAAUAGUGUCCCCGGUCAAGACUAACCCGCGAACACCGCCAGUCCCUCCAAGGCACCGCAAGCUCAUUGCUCUCAGAUCCGCAUGACAGUACCGUUCUCUCACAACGAUGGAGAGAAGACGCCGGAGUCCGAUUAGCACUGGACUUGAUUGUCCAGAUUGUUCAGUGCUAAUCGUACUCCUGCGUCAUCCUCCCGGGUGGAGGGAGGGUCUGGUCACAGGCUACUGCUUCAGUUGUGAGUUCCUGUCUGCUACCGGUAACAGCAAGGCAGAGGCCCUUCUGUCUUGCGCCUUUCCACAAGGAUAGCUUAACUUUUCUUCCCUUUCUUUUACCUGCUUGAGAUUACAUUUAUAGCCCUUGGAGCCCUUUAUUUACUUACAAUAAAGCAUGUUUCUAAUCUG